ACGCGAUCGGUCUGUAGCUAUGAAUCUACGAUACAUGGUACCGAUUACUCGAACUCCACUGAGAUUGAGUCCCGAGAGACAAUGGAGGAGCGAUUGGGUCUGCAAAUCCUGCAGGAGUAAAGCUCCUCGGACACAAUUCAGUACUUCGCAGCGGCUUCGAGAAAAGCCAUACUAUAUUACAACUCCUAUUUUCUACGUCAAUGCCGCUCCUCAUGUCGGUCACUUUUAUACUAUGGUCCUCACGGACAUUGUCAAACGAUGGCAAGUCUUGAAAGGGAAAAAAGCAUUUCUUUGCACAGGGACCGAUGAGCAUGGCAUGAAAAUACAACAAGCAGCCGCGAAAGCCAGUACUCCUCCGAAAGAGUUCUGCGACUUGACUGCCGAAACAUUCAAGUCACUUGCGAAACGAGCAGACCUAUCGAACGAUUAUUUUGUUAGGACGACGGACAAAGAUCACAAGGAAGCGGUAGAAUUCUUCUGGCAGAUGCUGAAAGAACGAGAAUACAUCUACGAGUCAAAACAUCAAGGAUGGUAUUGUGUCAGCGAUGAGACUUUCUAUCCCGAAUCUGCCAUUGAGAAGCGAUUGGAUCCAUAUACCGGCAGGACAUUCAUGGCUUCAUCGGAAACUGGCAAAGAGGUGGAAUGGACAUCUGAGAAAAACUACCACUUCAGGUUGUCUGCUUUCAAGGACGAAUUACUUGAGUUCUAUAAGAAGAAUCCAGACUUCGUCGUCCCCGCUGCUCGGAUGAGCGACGUGAUCAAAUGGGUAUCAGAAGGUUUAGAAGAUUUAUCCAUCUCGAGGCCCGUUGAAAGGUUGUCCUGGGGUAUACGUGUACCAGACGAUGAUAGCCAGACCAUCUAUGUCUGGUUGGAUGCUCUCAUUAACUAUAUCACUAAAGCGGGUUAUCCAUGGGCACCCGGGAAAGAGCAAGAUCUAGGCUGGCCAGCAGAUGUGCAAGUGAUUGGAAAGGAUAUAGUCCGAUUUCAUUGCAUAUAUUGGCCAGCUUUCCUACUAGCCCUAGGAAUACAACCCCCAAAGCAGGUCCUAACGCAUGCCCACUGGACUCUCAACCACCAGAAGAUGGCAAAAUCGACUGGAAAUGUGGUUAAUCCAUUCUUCGCUAUGGAUCGAUUUGGAGUUGAUGUCAUGAGGUAUUACCUUGCUCAUGAUGGUGGAAUUCUCAAUGAUGCAGAUUACGGGAACCACUUCAUCGUCCAAAGGUAUAAUAAAGGUCUACAAGGUGGCCUUGGAAAUCUGGUGAGUAGAAUUACGCGGCCAAAAAUCUGGAGUGUUUCGAAAGCUGUGAGUGCCGCACAUGAAGGGACCCUUGGCGAGCCAGACGAAGUCAUACAAGCUCAGAUCAAGAUGCUGGAAGAAUUGCCAGCAAAAGUGGACUCAAAGAUGGCAGAAUUGAACGCCGGUGCUGCUUUACAGACCAUUAUGGAAGCUGUAUACGAGACGAACAGAUUCCUUAGUGUCAUUGCUCCUUGGUUGCUUAAAAAACAGGCAAAUGCUGAGGCGGAUCAACUCGUCAAGGAGGAACUAGAAAGGCGGAUCAAUACAACAGUGUAUCAUUGUGCUGAAGCGAUUCGCAUGAUUGGGAUUCUUCUCCAGCCAUACAUGCCGACCAAAUCUGCACAACUUCUUGAUAUGUUAGGUGUUAAGUCCAACAAAAGGACUUUUAACGAUGCUAGACUUGGUGCUGAUCCUGACUAUGGAUUGGCACAAGUACCACUUGGGAAGUGCGCACAGGAUGGUCUGUUUCCGCCUUUGGCGGUUGAGACUUGAUGUACAAAAUAAUUAUAUCAGGGAUGUAAAGCAGUCAUUGCUCUAGUGGAAUGUAUAGUUAGUAAGAGAAGAUACCCAUACAUAGCAAUCGACUGUGAAAGGCGAUGCCAAAUGACUAUAUACCC